AUGAAUCCACAAGGAGCACCGGGCCAGGGGCCAUCACAGGAUCCGCAAAAAGCUCGCGAGAUGGCCGAAAAGCAGGAGAAUGCUGUGAAUCAAAUGCUAUCUCAGAUUCUCGACCAAGCCGCGCUAGUACGAUUGACGAACUUGGCGGCUGCGAAGCCCGAAAAGGCAAAAAUGGUGGAACAGACGAUUAUUAAUAUGGCGCGGCGUGGCCAACUCGCUGGAAAAAUGAGUGAUGAUGCGUUGAAAAGUCUUUUAGAGAAGGUCUCUGAACAAACAUCGCGCACCACCACUGUAAAGUUUGAUCGCCGUCGUGCAGCUCUCGAUUCGGACGAUGACUAC